AUGACUGGGCUGCUGACAUCACUUCCUCUCUUCAUACCAACAGAGGGCGUUGUGGCUGGGACACUCAUCACAGACAGCUCCAGAGAUGCUCUCCAACUAACCAACUAUGACUUUCACGUGAAUGAGAACAAGUCCGCUCACAACUGCGGAGCCUACAUAGGCAAUGACUUGGUUGUACGCCGGGGUCAAGAAUUCAACAUCUCAUUGACCUUCAAUGCACCUGUACAAAAUGGAGAUAGGCUGCAAUUCAUAGCUACACUUGCCACUUCAUCUGGAGGUACCGGCCUCUUGGAGUACACCUUCUCCGAUUCUUCAUCAGGGAACAGCUGGGCAGCGAAAAUAAGCGGAUAUGGCUCCCCUUCAAUUACUGUGGCCUUUAUGACUCCAAAUGACGCUGUAAUUGGACGCUACAUUCUCAGUGUUCAGGCAAAUGGAGAACCCAGACGCGUCGGAGAGUUUAUGCUGAUCUUCAAUCCUUGGGCUUCAGGUGACAGUGUGUUUCUAGCAGAUCCAGCCCAGAGAAAUGAAUAUGUUUUGCAAGAGUUUGGUCUUAUUUGUGUUGGUGAAGUCUCAAAUCAAAUCGCAGCCCCCUGGAACUACGGACAGUUUCAGGAAAAUAUUUUGUAUAUCUCUUUUGUCCUUUUGGAUUCAAGUCUGAACUUCAGAAGAAAUUCCCGGGAGGAUGUAAGGCAGCGGAAUAACCCCACCUAUAUCUCCAGGGUCCUCAGCGCCAUGGUAAACAGUAAAGACGACACUGGAGUGGUGGAAGGUAACUGGAGCGGAGAUUACUCCGAUGGCACGAACCCCAGCGCAUGGAAUGGAAGCACCAGUAUACUGAGGUCCUGGAACCAGCAGAAGCAGCCCGUGAAAUAUGGACAAUGCUGGGUGUUUGCUGGGGUUCUUUGCACAGUCAGUAGAGCUCUCGGAUUACCCUGUCGAGUGAUCACAAACUACAAUUCUGCCCAUGACGCCAAUGGUAACCUGAGUAUCGAAGAACACUACGAUGUGUAUGGGGAGCCAGUGAUGGAAAGUGAUGACAGUAUAUGGAAUUUCCAUUGCUGGAAUGAGGGCUGGUUCACACGGACUGACCUGGACGCCUCUUAUAAUGGAUGGCAAAUCUAUGAUUCAACCCCACAAGAGACGAGCGAUGGCAUCUACGAAUUGGGCCCCACGUCUCAACGGGCAGUAAGGGAAGGGGAGGUAGACAAACCCUACGACACCCGCUUCGUGUAUUCAGAAGUCAACGCAGACGUGAUGAAGGUGAUUGUCCAGCAGGAUGGGAGAAAAGUUGUAGGAGAAACCGAUCGGACCAAAGUUGGCCAAUUCAUCUGCACGAAGGGAGUGGGGACAGAUAGCUACGUCAACAUCACCACUGAAUACAAGUAUCCAGAAGGUUCACAAGAAGAUAAGCAAACAUCGGAUAAAGCUCGGCAGCUGGCCGGUGUUCGUUCAGGAUUUGUUGCCUUCUCUGCCGAUGGGCGCUCCGCAUCAGCCCCAAGACGGGAAGCCGAGGUUUCCGGUGAGAUAUCCGUUUCCGGAUCACCUACGGUUGGAGAUGACAUUGAGGCCAUCAUGACUCUCAAGAACCUGACACCAAAAACCAAGAACGUCACGGUAAACAUCAGCGCCGCUGCCAUAGUAUACAACAAGUCCGUGAGACGAAAGAUCUUCAAUCAGUCCAUGACGGUGACUCUCAGCCCCAAUGAAGGUAAUGGACAGGCAGUACCCGCUUGUUUGUCCUGCAUUCCAAGCAAACGGAAGAAAAAGUAUGAGAAGGAAAUUCCUAUAAAGAUCGCGUACUCCCAAUAUGAAAACGUAUUGACCCCGGAUAAUAUCAUUAGUGUGACGGCUGUAUGUCAGGUUGAAGACUGGGGAGAUCUAUUGGUAGAAAAUAACACUGUCUUGAGGAAACCAACGCUGGCCACUAAGGCUCUCGGACCGGCUGAGUUGGGUAAACCAGUGACGGUGGAGGUGAGAUUUACUAACCCCCUGCCGGUGUCCGUGAAGAACUGUGUGCUGACCGCAGAGGGCAGUGGGCUGAUCAAACAUGAAGUCAAAAAAAGUCUUGAUGUCCUGGAUCCCGAUCAUACGAUGAAAGUGGUUUUGGACCUUGAACCUUAUGUGUCGGGAGAAAAGAAGCUGCUGGUGAACUUCACAUGUGACAAGUUUACUGACGUCAAGGCAUUCAUGUCCAUAAAUGUGACCGGGAUGUCUUGAUAGUUGCUGCCCCAAGGUUCUGUGUUCUCCUAUGUUAUCCAGGGUCUGGACUUGAAGGUCACAUGAAGAUCCGAGUCUUACUUCAUCUACUCUUUAUAUAGAGGAUAUGGUUUUUCUA